UCUUUUUGGGGUUCCCUAGGGGUGCGCAGGCGCAGUCGUGCUCUUCCCAGCUGUUUGCAGCGGGUUGUGUCUGGUCCAAUGUGUGGGAGGAGCAGCAGGGAGAAUUCCAUGUUUUACAUAAACAUGAGAUUCCGCAGAUGAUGGAAAUCCAAAGUAACACACACUAACCCUGAUGAAGAGUCUCUGCCAGAAGCAUCGGGUCUUUAUUCCUCUCCAUAACUGCUGCCUGACCUGCUGAGUUCUUCCAGCAUUUGAUGUCACUUCACCCCCAGCCCUACCCUUAAUGAGAACACUGAUCUUGGAGGACUGGAGAUUUGCUAAUGUCCUAGGAAGAUUUCUACACUGAUGUCAUUCAGUAAUAGGAACCUCCUGCCUUCCUAAUGGCUCCAAUUUCUGCUGACGUUGUUGGAGUUAUCCCAGGGUUACUUGACAGUGGACAAUAUCAAGUCAUUUUCUGGGGCCUAUUUACCUUUGCUUGUGCCUUUUUGGUCAUGAUUGUUUUCAUUUUCUUGUGCAGUAGCUGCAACAGAUCUCCAGAUAAGGAGGACAAUCUACUAAACAUGCCUUCAGAGAAGGAGACCAACAGUUACCUAGUGAGCUCCAGAAGUGAGCUGCCAGCGAAUGGUCACACUGAGAGCCUUACAAAUGGAGAUGUCCUUUCAGAUCAAAGUACAAUUGUAAAUUCCUCUGAAGAUGCAUUGCUUCCAGUUGAGCCAAACCAGGAUGCACAGUGUAAAUCUUCAAAAUGUACACAGAGUAGGGAGCUGCCUGAAAUACCAGGCAAUGAUCCAACAGCUGCCGCAGAAUCGACAGAAGUGAAUGAAGCCAAGACCUCGCAGGGGGUGUGUAACACCUAUGAAGUGUUAAAGGACAGCUCCUCACCGGACAUGGUCACUGAAGACUCUCUCUAUGAAACAGUGAAAGAGCUGAAAGAGGAAACUGGCAGUGUGGUCAAUGAAAUUUAUAGUGAGGCAGAAGCUACAGAUUUGAAUGUUGUGGUACAAGAUCAAAAUCACCAGCCCGCUGAUGGUACCGCGGCAUACGCAACGGUAAGCAAGGUGAAAGUGAAUCGCAGUCUCUCAACAGAGCAGAUAUUGGUUACUGAAGAUGAACCUCCUCCAAAUCUGAUAAAGCAGCUGGAUGAAAACAUAGAGAUUGCCGCCAUGUACUCCACUGUGACUAAAUCAUCACAGCAAUGGCAUCAGACAGAUACGGAGUUAGAAGCUGGAUAUGCCUGUAUUGAGGAGGUGACCGCUAGCAGACUGCCACCUACACCCAACCAUCUUUAUGCAUCUGUCAGUGAGCUUGAAGGAGCACCUAAAGUUCCAGAGCAAAACAAAUCUGUGGAUGCUGGAGGUGAAGAUAUUGAUCCAGGAUACGAAGCCAUCAGUGGUCUGAAAGAGACUUCUCCAGAACAGAACGUUGAGACUGGUGGAAACCAGUCUACCUGCCUGGGAGAGAAUGAUUAUGAAAGCAUUUGUGAAGUGAAUCAGAAAUAAUACACCUGGACUUUAACUGCAGCAUCUCCUGCAAAUCUGCUGACGCACAUAGUUUGGGUUCUUAUUUUAAAAUCUUGUGCUGUUCAACAUUUAAGUACAUGCAGUUAGGUACCUUGUAAAUAGAAUGCAAGGAAGAAAUACUUUGGCAUUUAUUCCUUUGUGUUCAUGAAAAGAGCCUUUGAGUGAGGGGGAGGGCAAAAUUAUUUUAAGGGUUAUGAGUAGAAAGUUGGAAAUCUUUGUUUUUCUGGUUGCACAUUUUCAUGCAAAAGUAGUGCAGAUUAAGUUGUAGAAAGUGCUGCAGUUAGUGCAAUUGUCAUUUUUAUAUAAACUUGGAACUUACAUUUAAUUUUGUUUGGGGGAAGAAGGGCUAGAAAUUGCUUUACCACGUUUUUAUUGUGGCGUCACAUCAGCACUGUGGAUCAAAUGUGGUGUUUGUAAUAUUAUUUUAAGGGAUAUGAUCUUCAAUUGCAAUGUUUCAGGAGUGGUGUUACUAAUCAAUGGCGUAGUGAUAGGACUGGUGAUGACAGACUGCUUCCAAAUGGCCAAAGAAGACUGGCGAAGGAUAUUGCCUGAUAGAGCUGUAUUCUUUGUGCAAGAGGCCUGUUCGACAUGCUCCAGACUGGAUAUUGAUGGGAGGCAUUCUUAAAAAAGUCAUACCACAUGAAGCUCCCCAUAAACAUCUGGACUUUGGAGGCAGAUGUCCCUUCCCAUCUGCCCCACCCUGUGGCAUGAAAGCAAAAUGAAUGAAUUCUUCUCUCUAAUGCAAGAAUAAGCACAAGACUAUGAAAUGUGGCAGAGACUGGCUGCCUAGAAUGAUCCGAAGGCAAAGAAAUUUGAGGUAUACAGCCUGACUUCCACCAACAAAACUAUCCCUGUGCACGUAGUGCUGUGCUGGGGAUCGCAGGAAGUCAUGGAAGGCAAAUAGUGCAUUUGCUUUUGACUCUAUAAAUAGCACAAUUUGAUGCGAGAUGGGGUUAAUUAAGGCUUUGUGAGUAAGUAAGUACUGUUGUUUUUUCAGAUCCAGUGAGUUUUAAAAUGACCCUGGAGUUAAAUGUUGGUGUUCGCAUACUGCUGAUAUCAUGUGGAGGGACUGCAUGCCAGAGAGAAAAAAAAUGGUGCUAUCACAAUUGAAAUUUCUACUCAAAAACCAGGUGUCAAUUUUCCUGAGCUGUACUAAGACACAUAAGAAUGGAUGUGAAGUUAUUUUACUUUGAGUUAGGCCACUUUUUUUUUAUAAAAAAAAGCACAACAAUAGAUUUUUUUGGGAGGGGGAGCUGUGCAAAGAAGUGAAUUAACGUAAAUUAAAGAAUUGAGUACAUGUUUUGUGGCAUAAGGGCUAAGUAUUGUGUGCAGAAUAACAGUUAAGAAUUGAAUGCAUGUGAUUGACCACUUCAACUUUCCUUGCUUGGUUAUGCUGCAGCUCAGUUAGAAUUGGGUCUAAAGUUAGUCAGGUGCAACCACAGUCUUUGUGUUCCCACUGAGUUGUUUCCAAUUUUACGCUUCAUACUAUUGAAGCAUUCUGUCAACUAUACCUCAGUUACCUUUCUCCUGUUGAUGUUUCUCUAAUAAGAAAAUUACAUGUCUUCCAUUAAGCAUAAAGCUUGUUUCCAAAAGAAUUUGUGAAGAAUUGGAAAGUUAACCUCUGGAAAAAAGUGGCUAAUUCAACCCACUGCACCAGAAAUCAACUUUAACUGCACUUGCUUCUCAAAUUAUAGAAAAGCACAAAGUCACUGGGUCAAGUUUAUUCAGCACUGACUGCUUGUAAUGACAGGGAAGUGUUACACAAACUCUUCCCACUCUGGUCUUCCUCUAGUUAUUUUAGUCAAUUUAUACCAAAAAUCAAAUUGCCUAAUAAUUUCAGGCUUUAGUUGAGGGGUUGAAUUACUCAUCUGCACACAAGUUAUUCUUGUGAUGUUACUUUAACAGAAAUAUUUAAGAAACUGUUAUUCCACCUAUCGGCUUGAAAGACUGCUCGCCACUGACUCCUAUGUGUUUUCAAACUCCAGCAAGAUCAGUCAUUACUGCAAUGCUUUUUGAAGUGAAUGUACAAUCAGGUGUAAAGUACUGACAGGCACUUUCAAUUAUGUUCCUCUCAAGUAGGAUCAGAUAUAGAUCCUCAUUUUUUUUCUAGUAAGUAGAUAGUUAAAUAAGCGAAAACAACAGGAAUUCUGCAGAUGCUGGAAAUUCAAGCAACAUACAUCAAAGUUGCUGGUGAA